AUGCCCAUAAAUUGGACUGAUCCGCAGGCUGAUGCCAAACUGCUGGUCGGCAUCGUCACUCUCAAUAAUGCCAAGCUCGAUUACAAAGCCUUGGCCGAAUUUAUGGGUCAAGGCUGCACAGCCAGUGCCAUUCAGCAUAGAGUCCAGCGUAUCAAGGACAAAGUCCGUAAUGGCUCUCCCGUGGAAGGCACUGCUGCGGGCACAUCUCCUGGCUCUGCUCAGCAGGGAGAAGGCAGUGCUUCCGAUCUGUCUCCCACGAAGCGCAAGAGAGGAAGACCGGCAAAGCGAGGUGCAACGGGCUCCCCUACCAAGAAGCAUAAAGCCGUCGUUGAGAAUGACUCUGCUUAG